AAGGGCCGACCGAAGAGCUCGAGGGUCAAGAAAUAAUGUACGAGACAGUGACACCUCGCUAUGAGGUUUUGGAAUUCCGAAGAUGUGUGUUAAAAUCCCUCACCACCCUUUUCCCGACUGGGUGUCAAGCCUCUUUGUUUAGUCGUGGAGGGUUAACGGAUGGAAACAGAACUGGCUCAGCCAGGUAAAAUGUCAACACGUGACGCGGUGGAUUCUAGAAUUCCAGGCGCGGACAGGGAGGAGACAGAAGCGCGAGAGGCUCCAGACCAAGGGAGAAACAGAACGGAGCAGAACUUCUGCACAAGGCGACGACAGGUUGUGAGUCAGAGUGGAGCGUCGGGGUGCCUUGUUCAGAAGGAGGAACGCCAUGGGAACCAGACCAGGACUGGCCAGGAAGUCGACCAGUCACAUGACAACUAUAGGAGAGGAAGAGAACUCACAGGUUUGACUGUUGGAUCAUCUGGUAGCCUCACACCCAGAGUGGGGCAGGGGGACGGACAUGGGCCAUCUGUGGUUCUGAACAGGAAACAGCUCCAGACCAGGUUCACCUCCUACAUCUCCUUAAGAUUUCCACCCAAACGCAGGAGGAAGUCCCACCUCAAAGAAAACACACCAGGAGAACUUAGGUGUUCUGUCCAAGACACAGCAGGUCCCAGGGGGGUCUCACAGCAGGUCAACAGAAGAAUCCCUCAUCCUGAGCUUUCUGUGGAACCAGUGAGCCACCUACUAUCAUUGGAAAAAACCUCCCACCCAGUCCAAGACGAUGUGGCCACGCCCCCAACAGGAAGUGGAUAUUUGACAUUAGACCAGAGACACACUCCUUGCCUUGCCUUCGGACAGCAGAGACAGACUACAGACAAUGGAACCACUGACACAGGCCCAGCAGCUGUAGAAGCACAGAGCCUUGAACCUCCCACCACAGACACACAGCAGCUCCAACCCACUGACACUCAGAGAUGUCAACCUACUGCCACAAAAAGUACUGUCAACUCAAUGACAUUGGGUGUCUCUUCUGAACUAACUAACUUAGAAAGACCAGACCCUACAGGAAGUGACACCCCUGUAGCAGCGACCGCAUGCACAAGCUCACCAGGGGUAGAUGAGUGUUUUGGUAAAGGAUCUGUAAGGGUUGUGACCCGGAACUAUUCAGACUUAGACUCUUCAAGCGUUCCAGCCCUCCCGGCAGCCAUGUUGUCCUCCACCGUGGUGUCGGUGCUCGCCCCAAACUGGGCCACACGCCGACGACAGAAGAAAGCUGAACAGGAAGCCCAGGGCAGCCAACAGGAAGUGAUUGAGGGGGGAAGGCUUUCGUCGUUGCGAAACACCCGGGAGGUAACCUCUAAAACUAUGAGAGAGCCAGCGGGAGAGAGGGGGGAUACGCCUGGUUCCCCAUCCCAGUGGAGGGCUCCUUCUCUGGGUCGCGGUGGAACACAGAGCGGUCACGGUGAUAGUACCCGCCCUGUCUCUCCCAUCUCCUCUUCCAUGGUAUCACGAACUGCCGCCUUACCCCUCUCUCGAGAACAGCAUGCACAACAGGGGAUAUCCCAGGCAGGUCGUUAUGGAGACCAACUGUCAUUUCUGAGCUCUAAACCGAAAACUAGUAGCCUGCUUCUUUCUCUUAGAAGGGUCAAUUCUGCUAGCCCCUCCCACUCAAAGACAGCCCCUCCCACUCUGUCCAGGUCAAUCAAUGACAGAGCAGCAGGGUCAUCUAUACCACAGUCCUCUUCAGCCUCAACCAAUGACAGCGAACGAGAGAGGUCAAAGUCCCUCCUUUCGUCAUCUUCCACCCCUUACAGGACAAAAGAGAGGUCCUGGCCCCACCAUCUAUCAACAUCCCCCAAUCAGAAAGAAGCAGACACAUCUACGUCACACCUUUUUUCAACCUCACCCAAUCACCAGGAACCUGAGGCUGCCUCCUUCUCCAACCCCUCCAUGACCUCUAGAGUGUACCCCACCCCUUCCUACUUCCCUAAACACACCACUCUUUCCAGCGGCCUGAAGAUGCUGUCCUCCACAGAACUAGAACUGACCAAAGAGGAUAACAUCACUUCUUCCAGAGUGUCAGACUUCCUGACGAGACCCCUUCCCUGGGGCACCCAGCUUGACUCCUCUUCCUGGAGCAAGAAUGUGACCAAGGACCAGAGUUUUUGUAGCUCAAGCUCUCCUCUUCGCCCCACAAACAAUCUCAACAACAAGAUAAGAGAUAACACAAACAAUAUGUUCCCUUCCUCAGACUCUUCUAAUAAGACUGUGCAAGGAAUACAAGCCAAUAUCAACUCAACCUGGAAACCUCAAAACACCAACAACACAAACAACAACUACUUGAGUCAGUUAGGUCAUCAUGGAAACCUCAGUAAGUUCCCAGACUUGUGUGCUAACACCCCACCGCUCAGCCUAACUGUGACUCCUCAGGAGCCUGGGGACCAGCACACACACGCCUCACACACUCACACCUCUCCCACACAGCCCACAGACACCCUCCCCUCACACACACACACUCUGUUUCAGAGUCACCAGGAUCUCAGUCCUACAGACGACCCAGGCGAGACGCAGGUCCAGAAGCCUCGCAGUCUGUCUAGUGUUUACUACAACACUAGGAUGAGCAGUGCUCUGAGACCCACCACAUUCAGCAGUUCCACCAUGGACCUGAGCAGAACAGAACCAGGCCUGGACCGUGGGCACAGUGGAGAACAUCUCACUCAGCUCCGCUCACACAACCCUGGAUCCUUAUUCUCCUCCUCCCCUGCCUCCUCCUCCUCUCCCCCAGUCCCCUCCAGCUACACCCCCCGACCCUGCAGUUUCAGCCCCUUCUCCUCGGGACCUGUCUCAACAACCCUCUGCUCCACCGACCCUUCACCUUCCCCUAGCUACUCUUCCUCCUCCACCCCUCAGCCCCUCCUUCCUUACCAUACCACCUCUAACAAGCUCUCAAAAGCAACACCUGCCACCACGCCCACAAACACUAAUACCACUUCUCAGCCUUUCUCUCCCAACAACUCCCACACGCCCUCCCUCUCACCUAACACUUCCCAUACACCCAACUCCCCAAGCCCCCCUGGCUUCCCACUCUCCCCACACAGCUCUCUUACCCAGGGAAUGAAACUGCGCCCCCCAGUGGAGCCCAGGGAGGUGGCGUCGCGGGCCGCCUGGCAGAACUCAGUGGAGCUGCACGGCGGGGAAACUACCACCAGGGGGCAGCGUUUUCCCCCUGGGAGCCCCCCAGGCCUCACCAGGCCCUUGUCCCCCUCCGGACGUCUCCGGAGCGUAGAGGGCCCAUCCAUCUACGCCUCCCUGCGGUCGGGGGGUCCCUCUUGGGCCACUUCUCCUCGGUCGCCCCCUGCGGCUCGCAGCUCCAGCCUGCCAGUGUGGAGGGGGGGCAGAGAAACACCGCGCCCCUCCCACUCCUUUCCUGACUCAGCAGGGAGGAAGGAGGGAGAGGAGAGAGAGAGGGAGGGAGAGAAAAAAAGGGAGGAAAGAGAGAAAGAGCGGAGGAAGAAGGAACAGAAAGUGUCUGCUGGCAGCUCUUUAAAGUUCACGUUUGACCAUACUGGGAAUGGUGCAAGUGGAACAAUACCACAGAGAAAGUUCUCAAAGGAGAACACUUCUUCCUCUCCCUCCAAUGCUCCUCUCUCCCUCCAGUCAGACUUUGGCAGCAGGUCCAGCAAGUUCAGCCCCCCUCCCUACCAAACACUCAAGGCUAACUCCCCAACUCGCACAUCCCCAACCUCACCAACCACUUACCUCUCUAAAUCACCCUCUAAAUCCCUCUCCCCCUCCCCACACUACACUUUCCCCAUCUCUCCCCCAAUCUCCCCCUACUCACCCAUCCUCGCUCACAAGAGGACUAGCUUGUGGGACCUUUCAAAGGACGUUGUCACAGAGAACAAUCGUGCCAACCACAGCAAUAACACUGCCCAGACCGUCCAAGAUUGUGUGGCUCUCCACUCAUUACGCACAGAGACUCAUGUUGAUGACAUCACCAGGCCCUCGCCUACCCCUUUUCUGUCUGCCAAUGUGGACAAACCUCUCCCCCCCUCUGCACGUGUCACCGUCGUGGAGACACUGGUCUACAGGAUUCCUUCCUGUUCCUCCAGCUCCAAAGAUGGCGUCCAACUCAAACACUCCUACUCCGGUCUGCAGGCUCCAUGCACUGUCAUCACCAACUCUGACCCCUUACAGAUAGCACAUCGCAGAGAGUUGACUGGAGGAAUCAGCUGCCAAUCACAGCAGAUUUCAAAUGACAGUAAUGCAUUAGGUCAACAGUGCCCUCCCACUGGUCAGAUUAAAGGUAACGUGUUGGAGCAUACUGACAAAGGAUGGAGAGAGAGAGAGAUUCCUGUUACUGAGAAGAAGAGUGACAGAGAGUGGAGAGAGAGAGACAGUCCCCCUGAAGCCCUGCCCCCCAGCCAGGGCAACAGAAGAGGACUGUUCAGAAAUAAGAGAGAGCGAACGGCUAGUAUCACUCCUGCUGCUACACUAGCUAGAGGGAGAGAGACCGCCCAGACUGAGAGAGAUAAGAGAGAUGUACAAAGAAGAGAGGGGGAGGCGGAGAGAGGAGAGAGGGGAAACGAAAGAGACAAGAGGGGGCUGACCAAGAUGGACCUGAUCCUCCAGCGACUCAAACAGACGUUCAACAUCAAAUGGCCAAACGAUGAGCUCCCAUCGCGACGGAAGAGGACGUCCCCUCCGACCUCUGACCCCAGCGCUACCCCUGGCGCCGAGGUCGCCUCCGAGACGAGCAACAGAGGACGUGGGCAGGGGAGAGAAAUACAGAGAGACAGCAGUAGCUCUCUCCAGCCCUCCUUAGCCCAGGGGAGCAGAGGGGAGGGAGGAGGUGAAGGAGGAAGAGGGGGGGAAUGUGUCCAGACUAACAGAGAAAGGACAGGACCAGACAUUCCCCCAGAGGGAACCGGGACUGGACAUCCACAAGUUGGUGUGUUGAGAGGUCAGGGUGGGGAUCAGAACAGACAAUGGUCCAGCAUGAUAGACCUCAGUCACCCAGAUCCACACAGGAGCCCCCUCUACUCCCCCUCAUCCCCCCUCAGUAGAAAGGAUUGGGGGGGUGACAAUGUGUUCUACAGCCCCACAAUGCAGCCCAGAUGGGGGAGGAAGAAGGCCACCUCCCUCUGUGAGCCAGGGGACGGGGAGAUCAAAGGCCAGGAGUUAGAGGUCAGGGGUCGGGGGGGUGUUCUGGCCUCCUACUCGUCGUACGCGGACCUGAAGUACGGUCUCGCAGCAGGACGCUCAAUCUCUGUGAGUUCUGUUCUGUCCUCCAGACCCUUCGGUCCUGGCCGCAUCUCAACUGGACCAGGCAUGGUCAGUGUCAGCAACCUCACUGACCCUGAUGAUGCCGCUGCUACGUCUGGAGGGGUCGCUGCCUGGGUGGAUCACAGCAGCGCCAGCAAAGGGGAUUGGUUAAUGUCCAAUAGGAGUGGGUUCCGAUCACUGCCUAGAUACAGCACCAGGGGCUUAGAGGUUACCUCCCCAGGCCAGGUGCGCUCCACCAGCCUGGACACCUCGCACUUCCUGUGGGUCUCAGAGGGUCCCCCAACCCCCCCUCUGACUCCUCCCUCCAGACGGAUGUCCCGCUCCCCCAGCACUUCUCCCUCCUCCCCCCCCUGCUCGGCAGGUGGCAGGGUGUCACCAGACAGCCAGGCCUCUAGGGGGCACCUGCCCUCCAGGGGUUAUGUAUCCAGCCUCUCAGCCUUCGAGGAGUCGGAUGCAGACUCGGAUGCCAGCUCUGACACCACCACUGACGACGAGUACUACCUAGGAGACGGGGACGCUGAGAAGGAGACAGAACUGUGAACUGCUCUCCUUGUCUCCUUUCCUAGUCCCUUUUUCUUAAAUUAGAAAGUAAAGAAAGAGAAAUGACUGAUGCACGCUUGUUAAGCUUGAAAAAAUAUCAAUAGGAAGACGACACAAAACUGUAACAGAACCAACCAUUUAAGUAAACAUGCCUGGUGGUACUGGUUAAAAGUUGGGACUAUGAUAACUAGCCGAUCCAUACAGAGAGCCUUCUUGAGAGACACUUUAGGUGAGUUAAAUGUUACUAAACAGGUUAAAUUAAACGUUAAAUGGAAAACCUUGGUGCCACCAACUUCAUCAGUAUACUUUUAUCGGCUGACAUGUCGUAAUUGACUAUAACGUUUCUGUAUAUUAGUGAAAAUCCAAUAGUAGUUCCCCCUGAAUGCUAAUGUAGGGUAACAUGAUCUGAGGUUUCUGGCUCUCAGGGAUAAACACUUCUCCUGUCAGCUCUUGUCUUUGAAGCAGCUCCAGAAAUAUGUAUUGUGCAAUGUCUGUUCUUAAAGAAAAACAAUAUUGGUGAUAAUUCAUAUUUCACUGCUUUAUAAAAGUGAGUCAGUUGGUUUACUGAGGAUGUUUUACAGGCGAUUUGAGAAUAAACAUAAGCAUAUAGCCUACA